AUGUCUCGACACCCCCGCGACUAUCCGGUUGCCGACCGAUAUGAGGAGCGAGAAAGUGACUUUUACCGACGACCACGCAGAGACCGAGAUUAUGACGACCUAGAAGUUGAUAUCACCCGCACCGAACACCGCGAGCCCCGCCGAGCCGAGACGAUCCUCAAGGAGAGGGACUCAGAAGUUGCCAGCCGCCGCGGACCACGCCAGCCUGAUUUUCUGCGAGAAGACUAUGGCAAGUCCAGCACUGCGGGCCAAUUGGUGCUGCGCGAGGAGCGCGACGACCAGCUCUACACCAGUGCCACCCCACGCAGGCGAAGAAGCGUCGAGACUGUCAGGUCGCGUGCACCACCGGAGAGAGUGGAGGAAGAUAAAGUCGUCUUCCGCGAACGCGAGACCUCUGAUCGUGCUCCGCCAUACCCUUCUUCCAGGCGGAGCGAGCUAGACGAGGAAGUCAUCUACCGAGAGCGAACCCGUUCGCGACCACCUCCCCCUCGUGAGGAGCGGUCAGAGGAGAAAAUCGAUAUCAGCAUUACUCGGAAUGAAAGGGAAACCCGACCUCCACCACCUCGCAGCGAGCCUCCUGUUGAGGAGAUCCGCUUCCGAAGAGGCGCGGGUGAUCGGCCGAGUCCACCACGCACGCUGGUAGAGAAGACCGAAAUAGAUAUUCGUGAGCGCGAUCGCAGCGCAGCACCGGCCCGCUCUCGUGUGGAACGAGAAGAGAUCGAGAUUCGAGAACGCCGAUCGCCAGCUCCUCCACCACCUCGCAGUGAGGUCGAUAGGGAAGAGAUUGUCUUUCGCGAACGCAUUCGAUCACCUCCUACCCGCGGUCGUGAAGUCUUUAGGGAAGAAAUCGACAUUCGAGAGGAACGCAGUGCACCGCCACCUCGCCAGCGUUCCAUGAGCCGUGGAGCACUGGUCGCGAAAAAGGAAGAAGAAUGGAUCGUGCGCAGACCCAGGACUCCUCCACCACGAGAUUAUGAGAAAGAAGAAAUCAUUAUUCGCCGACAGAAAGAGAGAUCUCCUUCGCCUGAGCCAGAGCCUCCUCGCGAGCCAACCCCAGAGCCUCCACCACCUCCACCACCGGAGCCAAUCUAUCGGCCACCAAUCAUUCAAGAGGUCAUUACACAUCAUAGACACAUUGAUCAUGGUGUAGAGCGGGCGCGCUCACCAACCCCACCACCAGCACCUGCUCCGCCAAGCCCUCCACCCGUCAAAGAGAGCCGAGAAGACAACCUGGAAAUUGAGAUUCGUCGCAAAGGCACGCGGAAUGGAAAGGCGUACGAAGAAGAUAUAACUUUCGAAAGAGACUCGUGGGACCGAGAUGAUCGCCAGGUCUCGCGACGGAGGUCCAUCAGCAUUGAUCGUAAGCGAUCGGUCAGUCUGAGCACUCGCAGGCGUUCUCCCUCACCGGCCCGCACGGUGAGUAGACGGUACGACGACGAGAUGGAGGCUGAGGCAGAGUACUACAACCGCAAAAUUGCUUCUCGAGCCUACCCUGGUGAGGCGCUCCACGGCGCAACCCGUGACUGGGGUCUUGUCGACGUACCUCCAGGUACCAAUCGCGUGCGAAUGGAUGGAAUUGGAGGCGGUGCCCAGGAGAUCACCUGGCAACACUACAAUGGCGAGCGGCGAGGCAAAUUCAUCUCAGGCGAUCGUGUCUACGAAUCAGACUUCGGCAAUGGGUAUUCUUCGCCACAAGCUCUUCCUCCCCCAGCCCCCGCACCGCCACGAGAACGCACGGAGACGAAGGAGGAAAUUAAGAUUACUCACGAACAUCGUUCCGGAGGCGGCGGCCGGUCACGUCCGCGCAAUAAGAUGUGGACCGAGGUCACGAAAGACUUGGUUAUCAAGGAAGCUAUCGAGGAGAUGGGCUACGAGUGGGAAGAGACGGAUGAGCAUUUCUAUGUCAUGGAAUAUCUCAAAUACGUGAGUUUCGCUGAGACAUAUGUCUGUGCGGGUUGGCUAAUCAUUCUACAGGAGGACGUUCUACGUCUGGUUGAGAUCACCGAGGAGAUCAAGAAAGAGCGUCGCGAUCGCAUACGCGAAAUACAAUGGGAGCGGGAAGAGUCGGAGCGUUUGCCAAAGAUGCUGCCACCUCCACCGCCUAUCCCGGCGCCGCCAAGAUCUAAAUAUGACGAACGCAUUUACGAACGCGAGUAUAUCUACGACCGUGAUGGACGCCGAUACCGUUAG